GGCAUUCCAAAUCACGUGAUAUAAUAUGGCUGCUGGAUGGCAAAACUGUCAUCCAUAGGCGUAUCCAAUUAUUAAACCACUUCAUAUUUAAUUUGCUAUCACAAUUUCACAGAUUUCGCUACACAAUUAACAAAAAACAAAACCAAACAGGAUAUUCUUUACAAAUUUGUCAAUAUUUAAUGUAAACAUUAGAUACGCGAUGACCACCCCCCUUAUCUAUGUCUAUGGCCAUGUCAGUUUAGCCAUCCACCGGCCACCACUGACAGUUCAUUGGAAUCCCUAAUUUAUUUGAUUUGAUUUACAUCAAUUUAUUUACUUACGACUUACAUAUUUCAAAUUUUCAAAAACAAAGAAAAUGUAGAUUAACUAUUAACUAAAUGGACCAUGUAUGAAGACCAUUAAAUAUCAUUUGUAUAAUUAUAAAGACAAAAAAUAAGGUAAUUCACGAAAAUAAAAUGGACAGAAAAGAAGAAAAUGAAGAUACAGUAACAAAAAUCAAAUUUGAGAAUAUUAUUUUUGUCAAACCUGAAUUCAUAAAAAACGAACCUGCUCCAGUUGAUCAAAAUACUCAUAGUGAAGACUGUGGACAUGGAGGUUCUAAUAUUAGUUUGGAACAAAUUAAAACAGAAUUAUCAGUUGAAGAUAUGGCAUUUGAACAGAAGGGAGGUGACUUAGCAGGAUUCCAGUAUUUUAAUAGUGAUGUUGAUAAUAUAAAACUAGAGUAUACUGCUAAAGGAAGUCAAAACAGUGAACAUGAUAGCUUCAAAACUGAAAUUAAAGAGGAGCCUGAUAAAGAAAGUACCCAUAAUACGUUUGAUGACUCAGACUUAAAUGAAUACUCGUUAAAAAUUGAAAUAGAAGAAAAUGAAAUUAAAUGUAUGCCAUAUGAAGAAAAACAAAUGAACGAAGAAGACUUUUCCCAGGAGUAUACUGUGGAACUUAUGAAAACAAUAGAAGUACAUAAAGGACAACAUACUACAAAAGAAAAAAUAUUAAAAUGUGAAAUUUGUGGUAAGCAGUUUGGAAGAAAACAUCAUUUAAAUCGACAUAUAAGAAUUCAUACUAGAGAAAAACCAUAUAAGUGUGAAAUUUGUUUUAAGCAGUUUAGCGAAGCAAAAACUUUGAAAACACAUUUGAGAGUGCACACUGGAGAAAAACCGUACAAGUGUGAAAUUUGUUUUAAGCAAUUUAUUGCAGCAAGUCAGUUGAAAGUACAUUUAAGAGUGCAUACGGGAGAAAAACCUCACAAGUGUCAAAUUUGUUAUAAGCAAUUUUUUAUAGCAAGUCAGUUGAAAGUACAUUUAAGAGUGCAUACGGGAGAAAAACCUCACAAGUGUGAAAUUUGUUUUAAGCAAUUUAGGUUAGCAGGCCAUUUGAGAGAACAUUUGAAAACACACACUGGAGAAAAGCCCCACAAGUGUGAAAUUUGUUUCAAGCGGUUUACCCAAGCUGGUACUUUGAGAAUACAUUUGAGACUGCACACUGGAGAAAAAUCUUACAAGUGUGACAUUUGUUUUAAGCAGUUUAGCGAAGCAAAAACUUUGAAAACACAUUUGAGAGUGCACACUGGAGAAAAACUUCAUAAGUGUGAAAUUUGUUUUAAGCAAUUUAUUAUAGCAAGUCAGUUGAAAGUACAUUUAAGAGUGCAUACGGGAGAAAAACCUCACAAGUGUGAAAUUUGUUCUAAGCAAUUUAGUUUAGCAGGCCAUUUGAAAGAACAUUUGAAAAUACACACUGGAGAAAAGCCUCACAAGUGUGAAAUUUGUUUCAAGCGGUUUACCCAAGCUGGUACUUUGAGAAAACAUUUGAGACUGCACACUGGAGAAAAACCUUACAAGUGUGACAUUUGUUUUAAGCAGUUUAGCGAAGCAAAAACUUUGAAAACACAUUUGAGAGUGCACACUGGAGAAAAACCGUACAAGUGUGAAAUUUGUUUUAAGCAAUUUAUUACAGCAAGUCAGUUGAAAGUACAUUUAAGAGUGCAUACGGGAGAAAAACCUCACAAGUGUGAAAUUUGUUUUAAGCAAUUUAUUAUAGCAACUCAGUUGAAAGUACAUUUAAGAGUGCAUACGGGAGAAAAACCUCACAAGUGUGAAAUUUGUUUUAGGCAAUUUAGUUUAGCAGGUCAUUUGAAAGAACAUUUGAAAACACACACUGGAGAAAAGCCUCACAAGUGUGAAAUUUGUUUCAAGCGGUUUACCCAAAGUGGUACUUUGAGAACACAUUUGAGACUGCACACUGGAGAAAAACCAUACAAGUGUGACAUUUGUUUUAAGCAGUUUAGCGAAACAAAAACUUUGAAAAAACAUUUGAGAGUGCACACUGGAGAAAAACCUCACAAGUGUGAAAUUUGUUUUAAGCAAUUUAUUACAGCAAGUCAGUUGAAAGUACAUUUAAGAGUGCAUACGGGAGAAAAACCUCACAAGUGUGAAAUUUGUUUUGAACAAUUUAGUUUAGCAGGCCAUUUGAAAGAACAUUUGAAAACACACUGGAGAAAAGCCUCACAAGUGUGAAAUUUGUUUCAAGCGGUUUACCCAAGCUGGUACUUUGAGAAAACAUUUGAGACUGCACACUGGAGAAAAACCUUACAAGUGUGACAUUUGUUUUAGGCAGUUUCGCGCAGCACUCUUUAAAACAGCAUAUAAAAACGCACUGAGUCCGGUCCUGAACGUGGUAACAUAAAUUGUGUUUACAUUUCAGUCCCGAAAAAUCAUCUUUUUCAUAGUAAUUUAUAUCCAAAUAAACUUGAAAAUAAGCAAAAAGUAAUAGUAUAUAGUGCAGUUACCUUAUGGAAUAAAACAGUGAGUUAAUAUUAUUUUAUUUAUUCAAAACAUUACAAAGCAUACCGUUUGUAAGGAUAACGCCCGGUUUUCGAAAGGAUGAUCAUCUCAAAAAUUAUGUAAUCGACGAUUAACAAUGGAUUAAAUGCGUCAGAAACGUCAAAAAAACUAGUUUUAACAACAGUAGAUCACCUGACAAAAGAUUAAUCGCUUGUUAACAUCCGAUCAUAAGUGUUUUGAGUCUCUGAAAGGUCGAUUAACCAGUUUCUCUUGUCAAACGGCGGUAAAAAUGUACUGUUACCUAAUAUGAGAUUAUCCGUCGAUUAACGGGCUGUUAAGAGUUUUUUUAGUUUUUUAAUUACUGUAAUUAACAAAUACCGGGAAAAAAUUGUCAAAUAACACAUAUACAGUGAGCACGUAAAGGUUGGAAUAAAUUCAUUUUCUCGAGAAUGGACGAUUUUGGAAAAAAAUCCCGAAACAGGUCAAUUUUUAUUUUUAAAUUACGACCUUUUGGCAUAUAUAUCAUACUAGUGACGUCACCCAUCUGGGCGUGAUGACGUCAUCGAUGAUUUUUUUUAAAUGAGAAUAGGGGUCGUGUG